GGUUGGCCGAAGCUGGACGAGCGCGGACGAAUAGUUGGCUCGAAUCGCGCUGCCGCGAUGCAUCGGUUCGAAGCGCGCUCGGGCUGGCUGUCUCACUUGUCUCCCUAGUGCGUCUCCCUAGUCGUUCGAGAUUCGUCCUCUCUCGUUCGUCUCUUAUCGCGACGGCGCGUCGGGUUUUUCGAAAAUACGCGCGCUACCACGACCGGCCCGGUGUCGUCGUACGACGCGACGCCCUCGACUGUCGGCCGACGUCGCGACGCUUAUCGUUACCCGUUGUCGCGGUUACGCGAGACGAGGCCGCGAGAAACGCGCCACGCCGCGAACAGUGGAGUGACUCGAUGAACUCGUCGGCCGCGUGACACUUGAAUACGACCGACGACGCGCGCGUGCCGUCCAUCGAAGAGGAGAUACGCGGUUACGAUCGUAGCCAGUGACAGGUUACCCGUUGCGUCCAACGCGACGCCUCGCACGCUCGUGGUUUCGAACGCGACGUCGAGGUCGUUCGGGGUGCGUCGCGCGAACGGACGGAAGACGAGAGGUGUGAAACGUAUGUGCCAAUUCACGGCUAACCUUUACGCGUGUGCGCGCGCCCGCCGCGUGGCUUUCCACGACGUGAAGUUUCCGCGGACCCACGGAGCACGCGCCGUUUCGCCACACGAGGAAGCUGCCUUUGCAUCGAAAGGCCGGUUCGUUCGCAAACUGGAAAACUCCUCGACCAGGCCCGUUAUGGAUUCCUAUUCGAUGGGGGCACUAUGCAGACCGAGGAAGUCGUACCUCGCGCACAAUCUACUGGUAUAGACGGUGUCCCCACAGACAGCACCUCUUUGCAGCAUCAUCUGCAUCACUCGUCGCAUAUAAAGUGUCCGUUGCCACCUCUGCUCCACAUGGCGGUCAAGCAGGAGCCUCAGGAGGAGGAGGAACGGAGUCGUGACACGAAUGCGUUGAGUCCGCAAGUAGAUGCAGACAUUUCUCCGACGUCCAUCGAUGGUAAACACCAUGGACACGAGACCGGCCACCAUCAGAUCCAGGAGCUGGAGGAGAGCCCAGGGCAAACUGUUUCGGAUCUCACUAACAGAGGAAGACCAAGUCGUGGCCGCAGGAAGUCGCGCUGGAAGCUCAAGUUCCACCAUCAAGCGCUGCCCCCGGAGUACCUGGACCACUACGAAGCGUCGCUGGCCCAGGAGGCCUUGAACUCGUCGCCGACGCACGUGGCGGAGCCGACAGUUCCUAGCCCAGCGCCUACCAGCUCGACUUCGACGCCCAGCCCCAUCGCGGACGUGCAUGGCUGGUUGCAACGGAUCGCGGCGAUGCAGCAGGAGCUCUGCCCCCAGAUCUCAUCUCCCCAGUGCCCGUCGUUGAACUCGACUCAGCCGUCGGGCUCCAGGAGGUCGGUGAUCACGUCGACCUCCUCCCAUGCCUACAACCCGAACCACCAUAACCACGCUCAACAGCAAUCCCAAGCGACCAGCAGGCCACCAAUGAAAUAUUCGGAUUUGCCCUACAUGGGCGAGAUCACGCUGGACAACAGCAAGCCUAGGAGAGGCAGGAAGCCCAAGAAGGCGGAUAUCUGUCACCUGAUCUACAAGAACUACGGCACCAUACUGCCUGGAACGCCUGGACACGAGGAGAGAAGACUGUCGCCCAGGGACAAGCUCGACUGUCGCGAGAGAGUCUCUCCUCAGAUCCCGUUCCAACGAACGGACGUGCAGAACAGGAUCAGCAGUUUGCUGGAGAAGAGGCUGACGCAGGAGUCCCGUCGAACGUUUGGUCUGAUGGAGCACUCCAAGGAGCAGGACGAGCCUCUGAAUCUCUGCAUCAGGGACCUGAAUCAGCUGAAGAUCAGACUCCUGAGGAAACAUGGGAACGUGUACGAGUCCGGUCACGUGAAGAGCGAGACGUCCAGCGACGGCGAGGAGGUUGAGUGCAUAGGCACCACGUUCCCCGCGGAGCCUGGCUACCGUCCGGUGGACGCCAUUAGUCGCGGGGGUGGUAACGUCAACCACAACAACAAUAUAAUAGACCCCAUGCUAGGCGGCAAUCCCGGGUUCGUCUACUGGCCCAACGCUGGGGUGUUCAUCCAUCCGAUGGCGCUCCAGUCGCAGCUCCUCUACUACCAAAAAAUGGCCCAGAACGACAAGUGCUACCCCAGGGUCGUGGACCAGCCGAAGGAGCAGAAAAUCGUCCCCAAGUCUCUCUACUCUAUGAUGGAGACCAAGAGUCCGCCGGUGAUCCCGCCACCUGCUCAACCCACCUCGCAGACCGCCCCUGUGCCACCCCCCGUGUCACCCAGACCGAAGAGGAACGCUCCGGUCGGCCAGAGCCAGACUCAGCCGACCAAGAGGAAACGUUCCGCCAUCUUCAUUCCCCCGAUGCCCACGGAGAACAACAACAACCCCGCGACGGAGGUCAGCAUAUGCAAGUUCAAGUUCACCGGGGGUGCGAAGCCCAGCCUUCAGGAGAAGAAGAGCCUGUCCGUGGACUCGGGGGGCAACUUCAGGUACUACAGCGGCACCGGGGACAAGAGCAUGCGCGGCUACGAGUUCUUCCCCCGGGAGGCCCUGCAACAGUCGGCUGGGCAGUCCGGCUCCUCCACGGGAGCGUUCCUCAGCGCGGCUGGCGAGAGGAUUCAGCCCGCUCCCUGCCAGAAGAUCGCCAACCAGGACGAGGGUCGUCGCAAGAGGAAGACCCGGAAGUCCCUGCAAAGGGAGAAGCUCGAGCAGACGUUCAAGGAGAAGGGAUUCCUCAUACAGACCCAGCAGCUCGAGUCCGCCGAGGGCGCCACCUACUGCAAGUUCAGGCAGCUGAGGAAGUUCACCAGGUAUCUGUUCAGAAGCUGGAAGGACUAUCUUCCGGGCAAUGUGCGCGAGUUGACCGGUGCCACGGACAGCGAAAUCGUCGACGGGGACGCGGAGAGUGACACGAACGUGCUACCCUCGCCGGGUCCUCAUUCAAACAUGGUGGACGUGUCCACGGGGUUCGUCGACGAUCAUCGCGCGUUGCCUCUCACGUGAAACCGCGAGACUUAUCACCCGAAGUGAUAUUGGUUUGGCCUUUACGUAAUUUUUGAUGGCAUCGAGCGUCGAGGAGGAUGCGACGCGAUACGACGAUUCGUGCGUUUAGGCGAACGCAAGAGGUUUUCAGUGAUUUUCAAGAUGGUCGAUCUCGGAUACGGCGGUCGCGUUUCGGGGAGCUGAGAGGGCAGGAAGGUCUCUGUUUUAGACCGUGUCUUGAACCGCCGUAGCCAUUAUAGUAAUGAUUCUUAAAAUGAACAUACGUGAUUCGUAAAAUGAACACACGUGAUUCGUAAAAUGAACCCCAGAUGCGAUCCAUAAGUCGAACGUGUCCAUCUCUCACAACCGAGAUGAUCAACUCCGAGAGUGUCAAUCCCGUGUUCAUCUUAAGAAUCAUUACCGUAAUACUGAUUUGCAACCUAAUGGUUCGUAGAGCAGGGGCCUUACUUUUUAUUUUCAGACGCUGCAGUUGCUUUGCCCGAUUCGGGAACGAAUGAAAAUAUAUUUUAGAACGAAGUACCAAUUAAUGAAGAGUUUUAAAUUUGAUGAAAUUUAUAGUUUGGAAUAGUAACAUUUCAUAAAAAAGUGAGUUAAUCGAUUUUGCAGCGAUCGAACACGAUCGUCUCGAAGGUAUCUAUUUUCUCGAAUAAUGCACACGUUUAUAGAACGAAGAGGACAGAUGCUGCUAAGAACGUUGAAAUUUAUUUUUGCAAACGUUACUUGCAUUUACCGCAUUCGAUGGUGUCUAACUGCCUUAUUACCGUAUCGUUAGGAGUUCUCGCGCAAUUUAUACACGGGGACAAAGUGAAAGUACCAGUAAUUAGAAGAAUUUAUGUCAGGGAGGUAUUCGUCGUCUCAGAAAUCUCGUUCGAUACCGGAGUAUUUAUACGUCUUCUUUCUUACGAACGCGAUUAAAAGUCGGCUAUGUUAAACUUGCAAGACAAUUCCCGUAACUUUCACCGUGUGCUCGCGAUUAAUAGACCGUUAAUGUCAUAAUAGUUGAAUACCAGUGCUUCAUAACGCGCGUAAAAUGCGCCUACGUGAAUCGGGCCUACACACGCCGCGCUCCCUUCGAAAGUGAUUAUUUAAUAAUUUGUCGUCCGUGCGAUGGGGUUAAAAUAUAUAUCCUGGACCGUUCGAGUAUAUAAAAUUCUGUCGAAUACGCGUUGUACGCUCGCUUGUCGAUCCGCGAGCAACGAUAGUCGAAAUCGAUCGAGAGAACUUGGGAAAGAUUAAUGGCGGCGUUACUGCCGUUUGAAUUAAUUUCAUUAAGAAGCAAAUAUAGUACAAGGAUUUUGUCGUCAUCUCGCUUUAUUAGCUACGCGGGCGUGUUGACUAUCGUCUACGAUCCUACGAAGAAGGCGGGAAUAAUAAUGCACCUUGAACGAAUCUGUCGACAAUAUGAUCCAGUUGUUGUGCCACGCGAUAGCCUCAAUUACUAUGAGCUCCAACGAAUUGAACAUGAUCGUACAAUUGCCUGUCGAGCAUGGUCAACCGUAGCAAUCUCGUUGCAAAUUGCAAUGAACGGUACCACGAGAUCUACUGUUCGCUUCGAGGGAUCGAAAAUGCCGGUCGGUGAAAUGGGAUUGCUUGGUAAUAGUAUGUGAUUUGCAGUUUGGAAUUCGUCAACGUGAACAGUACCGUGUAGAAUUCAUUGGCGAUCGAUAGAAACGUAGCAAUUCUACGCAAACUUCUAAGUAACUUUUUGUUAUUGAUUUUAUAUUAUCAGCGAAGAAUUCUAAUACUGUCCGACGAUAAUUGACAGAAACGCGAAAGUGUUCACUGUUUGUCAUUUUUUUUAUAAACGUGUAGCUUGCUAGCAAUCUAUAAACACGAGUCGUGAUAAUCGUACACAAACCUAUAAACUUCACUGCCAUUGAAUAAUAACUCAUAUAAGGAAGUUGUGUAAUUAUUAACGUAUACGAACACUGCUCGUUGAUCGACGAAAGAACGUAUUACUACGUGCCAUUUAUAGACCACUUCAAACGAUCGAAAACGUAGCAGUUCGUUGUAUGUUACUCGUCAACGAACGCAGAUGAGUACAGUUGAUAUCACGUAGUAGUACGUUCUAGUAGACCGAUAAUACAAGUAAAACCAGUACGUGACGCCCAGUGAUCUUUUUCUUAAUCGAAGAAACAGACAAAAUCAUACAAAGUCGAUCUAUGUUUAAUCCCGUUACAGGUUUACGCUAUCUUUACGACGAAGAAUUCUUGACAAUAAUACAGAACAUUGAAACGAUAAUUUGCAAAUAUCGAUGCACCAGACUAAUCUUUAAACGCGUUAAUAAAUAUCGUUACAUUUUUAUGAAAUUCGAUACUCUAUAUAUAACGAUUAAGUAUUUAUUUUCACAUUAGAACGCUAUCUUUACGACGAAGAAUUCUUGAAAAUAAUACAGAACAUUGAAAUGAUAAUUUGCAAAUAUCGACGCAUCAGACUAAUCUUUGAACGCGUUAAUAAAUAUCGUUACAUGUUUAUGAAAUUUGUUACUCU